GACGGGAGUUGUAGUGUCGGGGGCCGGCGUCACGUUGUUUUGGCUGGCGAGCGGGAGGCGUCGGUAGUCAUGUCUCUGGUGGCUUAUGCUAGCAGCGAGGAGAGCAGCUCGGACUCGGAGACGGCACCGGAAUCCCGGACAGAACCUCUACCCCCUCAUCCUCCGGGUCAGGCCGAAGCCGCGGCCUAUCCUGCCCCCUACAGCCGCCAGGGGGAGCAGCACAGCCCCGGCUACUAUGGGCCCCCAGGAGGGGUGUACGGCCUGCCCUACCCGCCUGGAUACGGGCCUCCUCCUAACUAUGGACCUUCGUCCUAUGGGGCCCCUGUCUACCCUGCCACUCCGGGGCCCCCGGGAUAUGGUGCCUAUAACAGCCAGGGGCCAGGGCCUGGCAGCUACCCCAACAUGGGGUACAGUCCUGCAGGGUACCCCCCACCUGGCAUCAACCUGCCCCCAGCUCAUGGGGGGCCAUCUGGAAUGAACCUACCACCCCCACAAGGGGCAUCCGGCAUGAACUUACCUCCCCCGCAGGGGGCAUCCGGCAUGAACUUACCUCCCCCGCAGGGGGCAUCCGGGAUGAACCUUCCACCCCCGCAGGGGGCAUCUGGGAUGAACCUGCCACCGCCACAAGCUGGCCAGAGUAUGAACUUACCCCCUCCGCAGGGUGCCCAGGGUAUGAACCUUCCUCCCCCACACAGUGGGUCUGGUAUGAACCUCCCCCCGCCCUCGGGCAGCCCGAAUAUGAACCAUCCGCCAAUGCACGGUACCACGGGACUGAAUUUGCCGCCCCCCCAGGGUGGCUCCGGACUACACUUGCCCCAUCCCCAGAACACACACGGCAUGAGCAUGCCUCCUCCCCAAGGCGGUCACGGACUGAACAUGCCCCCCCCUCAGGGUGGCCAUGGAAUGAAUCUCCCUCCCCCGCAGUCCAGUCCCGGACUCUCGUCCGGCGCGGAGCCACGCAUGCCUCCCCCCAAACCUGCCGGCCACGGACUGAACCUCCCGCCCCCAGAGAGCGAGACUUCUGGAAAUUCCAAGCCCAGGAAGCGGCCGGAGCCCGUGAGGAUCAGCGUUCCGGAGCUCCGCGGUGGUGGAGAUUCGGAUUCAGAGGAAGACGAACCAUUCCGGAAGAAAGCAACAAGUCAGGCCCCCAAGGAAGGGUUUGGAUUGUCCUCCUUACUCCCUCAGCCGAGGAACGCCCCUGGGGGAGACCCCAAACGUCAGCUCCUCCCCUACAGCUUCACAAGGAAACCAUCCAAGCCUCCCAGCGAAUCAAAACUCCCCAAGCAGAUGUCCAAACCCAAGCUGAGCGCCACCCCCGAGGUCUCCCACACCCCGUCCCCCUCGGCCAUCAAAGCCGCCGCCAAGAACGCCGCCCUGCAGGUCACCAAGCAGAUCACGCAGGAGGAGGACGAGGAGAGCGACGAGGAGUUCCAACAGGGCAACUUCUUCUCCCUGACGGACAACAACGAGGCGGCCAUGGCCCCCCCCGAGACCUAUACCUACCCCCUCCCCCCGGCCACUGAAGAUGCCCCCCCAGAGGAAGAUCCCGCCCAGGUACAAGACGACGCAGCAAAUGCCCCUCUGGAGUUCAAGACGCCGGCUGCUCCGAACCCCAACCAACCGUGGCCGGCCGUGUCCACCGAGGAGUACAGCAGCCAGUAUCAGGACUACAGCAACCCCCCCACAUCGGCGUACUAUCCGGAGUAUUACAGCGGCGGGUAUUACCAGGAGGCGGAGCAAUCUUCGGACGCCCAGGGAGACUCCACGGCGAGCGGCUCCUUCAUGGACGACGAAGCGUUCAAGCGCCUGCAGGGGAAGAGGAACCGCGGGAGAGAGGAAAUCAACUUUGUGGAGAUUAAAGGCGACGACCAGCUGAGCGGCAACCAGCAAUGGCUGACCAAGUCCCUGACCGAGGAGAAGAACAUGAAGUCCUUCAGCAAGAAAAAAGGAGAGCAACCCACCGGGCAGCAGAGGAGGAAGCACCAGAUCACCUACCUGAUACACCAGGCCAAGGAGCGGGAGCUGGAGCUGAAGAACACUUGGUCCGACAACAAGAUGAGCCGGCGACAGACGCAAGCCAAGUACGGCUUCUAGCGGAGGCCGAGCGCCGACAGGUGACUUCCCGCCAAUCACACGAGU